AUGCAGCUUUUCAACGCUUGUGGGCCCUCCAACGAGCAUGUGGUGGCAGCGGGCACACUUUUCAACAACCCAUGGCGAUCCUUUGACAAGAAUUGUCCUGAAGCCAAUGCGGCAACAGCCAAUGAGGAAGACUUUCAAGAAGCCAAUGCGGCAACAGCCGAUGAGGAAGACUUUCAAGGUAGUUACGAAGCCCUUGGACAGGAACAACGAAAGCAGCUCAGGCAACUAGCAACCAUCUAUCUUCCCUCUGCGACCUACUCCCAGAAGGUAUUCCAAGCUGGGAAAAUUGCUGCCAUUCUACUGGAGGUUGACAAACUUGAAUUACUACUCCCACAUAAGAAGAAGGACCUGCUUGAGUUUGAAGCCGAAGCGCUUGCCCAGACUGGCAAAAUCAUGAUGCCACGGGUAGAAGACUUCUCCGAGAUCAAUCCCACGUUGAACAAGAAGCUAAUGGUUGCCUAUGGGGAAUGGCCGAUUUCCGCUAUAUGUAUCCAGCAAGCGAGAAUAGUGUCAUCGAUACGAUGGCUGAAAAAAGCUUCAUCGGCUGCACGACAAAAAAACAAUUCACCGACAAAUGGAAUUCAGAGGUCCAAAAGUACCGUAGGCGACUCAAUGCAAAGAAGAAAUCCGCAGCACAAGAAGCAGCGGCGGCACAAGCAGCAGCACAAGCUGCAAAAAGCAGCAGCACAAGCUGCACAAGCAGCGGCGUCGGCACAAGCAGCAGCAGCAGCAGCAUCACGAGUGGAGACUUCCACAUCAUCAUCAUCAGCUCAAGGGGUUAGCACAGAUAAUCCCUCAACUCCGAGCGCCAGCAAGGCCGCUCCAGCAAUUGUUACCCCAGCAGCAGCAGCAGGAAAGGAGGCAGCCCCAAUUCCUUGCUCUUUGGGGGGUGCAGCAGAGCCUGCAAAUUCAAAGAAGGUACAGGCAGGAGCACUAGCGGCAUCAGUGGCAGUAUAUGAUGGGAAGAAAGCGGAGGAAGAUGAAGCACAAACAAAGGAUCCAGCUGCUGCCACAGAUUUGAAACUGAAGGGGGCAGAAGCAUCCAAGGAGAAGGAUUCAUCCUCCAUGACAGCAGGAACGAAGGGGGGAAAGGGGGUGCAACCCGCCGUUGCCAACGGUACGGGCGCUCGCAGCCCAGCUGCCACCAGGAAGAGAGUGGCUAACCAAGCAAAAGCACCGAAGAACAACAAGAAGGCCAAGAUUGAAAGGACUGAGCGGCCAAAGUUUGAAACUCAUGACUGGUCUAGCAUCCCGAAAGGUCAGCAUCCACCCUUGCGUGUCGCCGGAAGCAACGAUUAUAAGAAGCCUGGGGCCAUUUGGAUCAAGGAGUCUCGAAAGAAGUAUGCAUUACUCAGAAAACUCUUGGUCACUCUUCAGUCAAUGCAUCCGCCAAUAGAAGCAGACCGGUGUGCAUUGAGUGGGUUUGUCAACAAUUUACUUGGCGGGACAACACGUGGAGGCAACCCUUCAGACAGGGCUUUCUUGUGGCUGUUAAUCAGCAUUGCGCUCUGGAAAAAGAAAGACAGGGAUCCAGAUGGUGUUGUCCACAACCUCUUGGUUGACUUGAAACAGAAAGACCUGUUGAAAUAUGACAAGCUUGCGCAAGCUGAGCAAGCUACGAUUUCAGCAGCCAGCAACGAGCUGGACUGUUCUUGGAUGAAGCCACUUGCCGAAUAUGUUCGAACUGAGGGGGGCAUCUGCCCUACUACAUUGGAUGAUCUUUUGGAGUUGAACCAGAAUUGUCAUUGUGAUCUGAUGAACGAGCAUAACGCGAGCUUCUUCCUGAAGAACGCAUACGGCUUCACAGGCACCCUCUGCAUUGACAAGGACAUUCGCAAACUGGCUGCUUGUUUGGGAUUCAUUGAUGUCACUAAAUUCCUUGGACCCGAUGGCAAAGUCAGGACUAACAAAGUCAAUGCUGAGGAAGUUGCGGGCAGCCUCACGACCUGGCUCCGCACAGAAGAAUAUGCAGUUUUCACGGACACCUUGAAGGCAAUGCUGCAGAUCCUCGUUUUCAAUAAGGGCAACACCUUGCAGAAGAUCCAGACACGAGUAAUGAAAGACUUCAUUGCAGCUGAGGCAAUGGAGCUCGUCACCAUGAUCAAUAUCAUUAUUGCAGAGUUCAACGUAUCCCUCUCGAAGAACAAAUAG